AUGAUGAACUCUAUCGCUUUGCUCGUUGCUGCGGGCUCUCUAGCAGCUGCCUCUCCUUACGCAUCCCGUCCUCCCGUCCCUACCAUUGAACCUACGCUCACCCAAAUAGAGCAGACCGCUGCCACCGCACUCAGCCUGUCACCCGUGAGCAAUGUCAAGGGAGUUGCGUUCAACCGUUUCUACCAGAUCUGGCUGGAGAACACCGACUACUCUGCCGCCGCCGGCGACCCGAACCAGCAGUUCCUUGCCUCGCAAGGUAUCACGUUGACCAACUACUUCGCCGCGACCCACCCCUCUGAGCCCAACUACUGUGCUGCAGCCGGCGGUGACACUUUUGGCAUGGACAACGAUGACUUCAAUCAGAUCCCCGCAGACGUUGCCACCGUCGUCGACCUUCUUGACACCAAGGGAAUCAGCUGGGCUGAGUAUCAGGAAGACAUCCCUUUCCCUGGCUUCCAAGGCUUCAACUACUCCAACCAGGUUACCUUUGCCAACGACUACGUGCGCAAGCACAAUCCUUUGAUGCUGUACAGGUCGGUCACGAACAAUGCCACCCGACGCGCGAUGAUCAAGGGCUUCAAUGGCUUUGACAGCGAUCUCGCGAACCACACUUUGCCUCAAUGGGCAUUCAUCACUCCCAACAUGACGAACGAUGCACAUGACACCAACGUCACCUUCUCUUCUCAAUGGCUGCGGAAGUUCAUGACUCCGCUCUUGGCCAACGAGUACUUCAUGAACGACACGCUUGUUCUUGUGACCUUCGAUGAGAACGAAUCAUAUGGAAUCCAGAACAAAGUCUUCUCUAUCCUUCUGGGUGGCGCCAUUCCUGCACACUUGAAGGGCACAAAGGACAACACAUUUUAUAAUCACUACUCGACGAUUGCCAGUGUCUCGCAGAACUGGGGUCUUCCAUCCCUCGGACGCUGGGACUGCCACGCUAACAUCUUCGAGCUUGUGGCAAACAAGACCGGAUACAAGAACGCUAAGAUCAACACUAAGGGACUCUUCUUCAAUUCGUCGUACCCUGGCCCCCUCUCUGACGACGAGUAUGUCUCUGCCUGGCCAAUCCCAACCAACGCCUCGACCUGUGCCCAUGGCAAAGGUGUCUUGAAGUCUGUGGUCAACACCUACAAGGGAAAGGCCGCUACCUUGAACUACACGAACCCAUAUCCUUAUGACGCCCUGACUGGCAACAACGUGCCAUAA